AUUGUUUGUUGAGACAAAUAUAUAUAUUUGUAUAUAUAUUAUUUAUUUAUAUUAUUGUCUGGCAUAAUUCUAGAACAUUAAAACCUUAAGAGAAGAGUAGACACAAAAAACACAUAAUGUAUCAGAGAAUACAUCAUUUACUAAACGGAUUGUUGAUCCUUAUGUUAUUUAUCAUUGUUGUUUAUGGUAUCAUUACAGCGUUUUGCCCAUUUAAGAAUAGACAUUGUUCGACACAACCAUACAAAUAUGAGACGAAAUUGAUAACUCAAACAAAUCAUGAUGAUGAACAGAUUGUGGAAACUUUAAAGUCUUCAAUUCUAAAUGAAAAUGCCAAUCGUGUAAUAAAAUGGAACACAUUUGAGAAAUCACGUUUAGCGACCUUACCAUGGUAUUUCAAAGAUGGAACUCAAAUGCCUAAUAAAGCGGAAAUAGACCCUAUAACAGGAAUUAGAAUUUCACGAUUAUGGCCUGAAGAAAAAAUUAACAGCGAUCGUGUAGAAGAACAACUAAUGUUUAUACCGCCUAAUUAUCAAUAUGAAAAUGCACCAAUAAAAAAGAUUUUACUAUACAACGGUAUAAGCAACUGGAUGGUAGAUGAAGGGCAAAGUGAAUUUCUUUCAAACGAUUGUCCAGUGAAUAGAUGCACAAUUUCAACUAAUAUAAGAUUCAUUACUAUAAUGGAUGCAGUUAUAUUUCGAGAGAAGUUUUCUGAUCCAUUCUAUGAAAUCGGAUUUAAAAAGACCAGUAAACAGAUAUGGAUUUUCUUCUUUCUCCAGUCAGCGUAUUAUUCAAGAUUUAAUAUAAGAAAUAAUAUGAUUAACUGGAUAGCUACAUAUCGACACGACAGUGACAUUGUCAUGCCUUACGCACGAUGGGCAUAUUUUAAUCCUUCAGUGACUCAAGUUGAUCAGUUAAAUAGGAAUUAUUCUCUAAACAAAACGAAACAAGUGGCGAUGAUAGUUUCUAAUUGUAAUACUAACAACAAAAGAUUAUUAUAUGCUAAAGAAUUGGGCAAAUAUAUAUCUGUUGAUAUAUAUGGUGAAUGUGAAGGAUUGAAAAAUACUAAAUCCAAUAACUUUUUACAAAUACUAAAACAGGAUUAUAAAUUCUAUUUGGCAUUUGAGAAUUCAAAUUGUAUCGAUUAUGUGACUGAAAAGUUUUUCAUAGAUGGACUUCAGUACGAUGUUCUGCCGGUCGUGAUGGGCGGACGUCGAGAGGACUACGAGCGGAUAGCGCCUAAACGGUCGUAUGUGCACGUGGACGAUUACGAGUCACCCAAGCGAUUGGCCGAGUACCUGCGGCGGUUGGACGCCGACGACGACCUGUACAACGAGUACUUCCGGUGGAAGGGCACCGGCGAGUUUAUCGACACAAAGUUCUUCUGUCGGCUGUGUGCGAUGCUGCACGACGAUAGUGCACCGGCCAAGCACUACCGUGAUGUGAACCGUUGGUGGCGGAAACCUGGCGUGUGUGACCAUUCGAUGAAGUGGCUGAAACCGCUUCCGGUCGAAUAACUAGGUUUCGAGUGACCAAAGAUUAGCUACGGCGCUUGCACUUAGAAGAAUUUUUGUGGUCGCUUAUCACUCUCCUGCGUCACAACUGUCACCAUCGCCACGAGCAAGCUCUGAAUAUAUCAUGCGUAGGACACUACAUCGAUAGACGUAGACACAACUUGAGCAUUUUUUUUUUUUUAUGAGGGAGUUAGAACUAUAUUGUCAAUAUUAUGUUAAAUAUACAAUAUGAUACGUUACUACUUAGUAAUAAAAAAUAUAAAAUAUUAACUGUAUACUUAGUUAUGUCAUUUCGGUUUUUUAGUUUUUGUUGCCAAUAGUAUCAAAAUAAUUUCAGUUAAUUUCUAAAU